AGACACAACAUGUACGCUUUGCGCUACUGGUCUUGCGAGUUCAUCUGCUUGGUGAACAUAAUAUUGCAGCUCUACCUGAUGAACAAAUUCUUCGACGGAGAAUUCCUGUCGUACGGUCUGCGCGUCAUGAACUUCUCAGAGCAAUCCCAGGAAGACCGGAUCGACCCGAUGGUCUACGUCUUUCCGAGAGUGACGAAGUGCAUCUUCCACAAAUAUGGUGCCUCCGGAACCAUCCAAAAACACGACAGCUUGUGCAUCCUCCCUUUGAACAUCGUCAACGAGAAGACGUAUAUCUUCAUCUGGUUCUGGUUCAUGAUUUUAGCCACCAUGUUGACAGUACUGGUUAUAUACAGAAUAAUAAUCAUAGCCUGUCCUACAGUCAGACCCAGGAUUCUACACGCCAAACACAGGAGUGUUCCCAUCGAAGUGUGCCGAGCGCUUUGCAGGAAAGUUGACUUAGGGGAUUGGUGGAUUCUGCUCAUGUUGGGAACGAAUAUGGACCCCUUCAUUUACAGGGAAGUCAUUUCGGAGCUGACCAAGAAAAUAGAAACCAAUUAUAACCAUUGAUGUUGCCGACGUCUAGUACAGUGUUAGGAUGUUCGAUCAGUACAAACUUUUCUGGAAUCUGGGAGAGAGCUUUAAGUAUUUAAGAAUCCACUCAUGGAAUUGAGGUUUUCCUAAUUCAUUCCAACGUUGUUGACUUUAAUAAUACAGGAAUUUCCUAUUUAGUAUUUAAAACAAAGUUAGUAGUUUGGGUUUGUGAUAUUUAUAAUGCAAGACAUUAUACGAAACUAAAGACCACGAAUUAAGUAAGAUUUACGUUAAGAUAGAUAUUAGAAGGUAUUCACGUGAACAUCGAGACUCGUUAAAGUAUUAGAAGUGAAGUUGGAUCUAAGACAGACGCCAAAUUAUUAUAAAAGUUUAUAUUUUAGAAAAUAUUUAACUCGUAAGUCUUAUACGGAAGACGUAAGUAUGGUGAAGCCGAGAGGUAGAGUUUAUUUCAAUUUUUUUACGAAAUCCCUUAUAAAACUGUUAAUUUAAGGAAUUAAUUUAUACUCUGUGAUUCACUUGGUCUUGUGCCAAGUCCAUGACAAAUUGCCUUGAGGUUCGACUGUACAAAAUUUUUAUAGCAAUUUUACAUAUCGAGGAAUAUUUUUACGAUUUGCGAUACUACUAUUUUAUAAGGACUUUAGAAAUAAGAAAUUUUAUUAUAUGCAAGUUAGUUUUAUAUUGUAUAUUAAAAACUUAAUAAAAUUUUUUAUUAUGUA